CCAACGUCAUAUCCGACAGCAGGCCGUGUGUGGCAACACAAGUAAACGGCGAGCAGAUUAAAGAAACACAGAAUCGGCCGCAGAAUCUCCAUCCAUCCUUCCAGAUUCCGCGCGCAGGUGGACUAAAUCCGCACCAUCGGGCACACACAAGAGUUUCCCCGUUGAAUCGACACAGAAGGUACAGAGGAAGAGGCGCAAAGAAAAAUUUCCAUACUCGAUGACAUUACAUCGCAAUGUCCGAUCGUUUGGGGCAAAUAACCAAGUCCAAGGAUGGGAAAAGCAAGUAUUCUUCGCUCAGCCUAUUUGACAAGUACAAGGGAAAGUCAAUAGAAACUCAGAAAAACACAGUUGUUCCACGACAUGGCUUGCAGAGUCUUGGUAAAGUGGCCACUGCCCGGCGCAUGCCCCCACCCGCUCACCUGCCGAGCCUGAAAUCCGAAAAUAAAGGAAACGAUCCAAACGUGAUUAUUGUGCCCAAAGACGGAACAGGAUGGGCGAACAAGCAGGAACAGUCCGAUCAAAAGAGUUCCAUUGCAUCGACAGCACAGCUGCUGGAAUCGCAGCCGCAGCUGCCUUUGCAGAAAUCUGUCUCCAAUAUUCAGAAGCCAACACCGGCAGCCAGCCAGGAGAGCACAAGCACAGGUGGACCAAAGCAAUGGGCACAACUAAAUGGAAAGGCAGUAGAUCACGAUGGUUUAAGGGCCUCAAGCCGACUGCAGCCCUUCUCUCACGAGGAAUUUCCGACGCUGAAAGCAGCAGGAGAACAGGACAAGGCUGGCAAGGAAAGAAGCGCCUUCGAUCCGUCGUAUGGGCCAGGACCAAGCCUCCGCCCUCAGAAUGUUACGAGUUGGAGGGAGGGUGGUGGACGGAAUCUUCAGCCUCUCUCUCUGUCCCCCGCCCUCGCCUCCGAGCCGGAGGGAAAGGGAGGCGGCCCGACUGAGACCGCCGCUCCUCUUCCUCCUCCUCCUCCCUCCACCACCACCACCACCACCUCCUCCUCCUCCACCGGCUCCUCCGCCCUGUCCUCGUCUGCCAACGCCGCCUCCGCCACUGUCACAGCUCCAUCCCCCGACCUGAAGGAGCCCUCACUCCGGCCGGCUCAACCGCUACGCCGAGCCACGCCAUCCGCCCUGCAGUACCAGCUCCACCACACCUCCACCACCACCUACCACGACAUGCUGCCUGCCUUUAUGUGCCCUAAAGAAACUCGAGAGGGCCCUGGUACCUCGGAGCACGGCCCUGCUGCUGUGCCCGCCCCCAUGCGCUUUGAAGCGAGGCCAACCUUCAGACCACCAUUCCCUGCUCCUGAACCUGUUAAUGGAGAUGUGCGGCGAGAGAACCGCUUCGCCCGGGUGCCCUCUCGCCCCUCACCUCGACCAAUCCGCCGCCCUGGAGACAGGGCGCCCCGCCCCGCCAUCAUCAACCCAGAUGACCUGAAGGACCUGGACGACCUGGACAAUGACUGUGAGGAUGGAUGGGCAGGUCUCCAUGAGGACGUGGAUUACAGCGAGAAGCUCAAGUUCAGUGAUGAUGAAGAGGAUCAUGGGUCCAGCGAUAAGAAUAAGAUUUGGGGAGAGUGGGAGGCUCAUCGGGAGCGGCAGUGCUCCAUGAGUUCAGGAGAAGGUCAGUACCCACAGGAGGCGGAGGAAGACUCCUAUCAGCACCAGCACGAUCUUCAGCCUUCCAGGAAGAUCAACGGCAGAUACAGCUCCUCAGAAUCACAGCCCCAGCAGAAAUCCAGCGAGUCUGCAGACGAUCAGGACGAUCACCAGCGCUCGGCUCCUCCCCGGGGGAAGUUCGUGACGGCGGAUCUGUCGGAGGCGGUGGAGAGGGCUCGGCGCCGGCGGGAGGAGGAGGAGCGGCGAGCUCGGGAGGAGAGGCUGGCCGCCUGCGCUGAGAAACUAAAGAGACUGGACGAGAAAUUCGGCAAAACCGAGAAACCCGCUCGCUGUGCCGAGACGCAGAGAGACCCUCACACUGCAGAAACCAAGGACCUGUCCCAGUCUCCCGGCCGAGACCUGCCCAAACACCACCAGGACAGCUGGCAGUACGCCAGCAAAGAAGUGUGUGAGCAGGUCUCGGAUCAGUCCUCCUCUCAGGACUACAGGGAUAACGGUUUCAGCUACAGGACGGAGGACGAGGGUCCGGAGCCCACCUCUCCUCUCCCAGAUUACAGCCGGCACCAGAAGGCCGUUCCACCGCGCUUCCAAAAGCAGCAGCAGCAGCAGCAGCAGCAGGAGCAGGUGUAUAAGAUGCAGCAGUGGCAGCAGUCGGGUCAUCCUCCCCAGUCUGGCUCUGGUCACCCACAGCGGGGGUAUUAUCCUCCACACGUUCUGGGCUUCGAUCCUCGCUGGAUGAUGAUGCCCCCCUACAUGGACCCCCGUAUGACCCAGGGCCGCUCCCCGGUCGAUUACUACCCUCCCAGUGUCCACUCCUCUGGAAUGAUGAAGCCAGUAAUGCAGCAGGAUCGCCUCAACAGCCCCAGCUCUGCCUCCGAUGAAGGAAGUCAUCCCAGCAUGCACCAGGAGAGGAGAGCGCCCUCUACAGAGCCUUACCCCGUCUGGAACCAGGACGGUUACCCUCCAGCUCGCAGCUUCACCCCACCCUACCAGAGGCAGCAUGAGGUCACGGAGCGCAGUCACACUGAUGACAGGAGUGACCGGUCCUGCUCUCAGCAAGACUCGUAUGAGGAUCGAGUGAACGAUCGAGUGGACAGCCCUGUGGAAGAUCUCCCCCACCAGGGAUAUCGUCAUGGUCGAGGUUCGGACAUGUCUCUGGGUUCGCAGAGAGAUUCAGGCCAUGAAGAUUCCCAUCAGCCCCCAACGCACAGCCGUUCGCACCACGGAGACGCCGCAGAGUACUCCUCCAAAGCAGAGCAGCAUCAUCAUCCUCAUCAUCAUCAGAAGGAGCUUUCCAUUACCACCAGAGCCCAGAGAGAGAGAGCAGAUUCUCGGGAUGAAGCAUGUGAGAAGGAGAAGAGCUACGACUCUGAUUUCUGGAAGAAGGAAAGCCCCCUGAAGAAGGAAAGUGGACCGUCUCAGUGGUCCGAACCAGUCUCCAGCAGUAGCAGCAGCAGCGUUGGGCAGCCGUCCGAGUCUAGCGGACGCACCCUGAGGAGGACGGGGCCGAUUAAGAAACCGGUGCUGAAAGCUCUGAAAGUCGAAGACAAGGAGAACGAGAAGCCGAAAGCUGAACCUGAAGAGAAGCCAGUUCCCUAUAGACUUGAAAAGGAGGUCCUUACUAAUGUAUAUGAUUUGAAAAAGGACAACCAGCCUUUAGCCAGUAGGCAUCCUACCACAACUCCGGUUUUUCUAGCAGCUUCGCUUGAAGAGAAGCAGCCAGCUCCACCUAAAGUCGAGAAAGUUUCGAGUGUCCAAAGCGAGGACUGCUCCAAUAAGGAAAACAACUGGGAGAGCAGUACAUCCCAGCCUAAAGAAAACCGCGAAACCGUAGAAAACAGGGACCCGCCGACUCCUCCACGCCGCAACAACUGGAUCUUCAUAGAUGAAGAGCAGGCGUUCGCCGGUGCUAGAGGUGGAGGAGGAGCCGGUCGAGGACGAGGCAGAAGCUUCAGAGACUUUAACUCGCGUGGCGGUGCUCGCGGAGGUCGUACCGACAACUCCAGAGGUUCUUACAACUCUGGGCAAAACAACCGCGCAACUAGAGGACGGGGAACUCGAGAAUUCGGGAAUUCCAAAAUCGAAGACUUGCAAAGAGGCAAGCCGCGAAGACGCAACGUCAGCGAGACGUUGAGCGAAACUUCGGAAUACGAGGAGCUGCCGAAGCGCCGUCGCCAGAAGGGCUCUGAAAAUGGGGACACUGGUUAUACCUCAAGUGGAGGAGACGCCAAAAGGGCGGACAGGGACUCAUGGAGGUCCAACAAGGUUUACAACAACGAUCAAAGCAGUGGAGACGCAAGAGACAAGUCCAAAAUGAGAGGUUUCGGUCGGUCCCUCCCACCGCGCCUCAACACCGGCUACAACCGAGGGUUCGGAUCAAGGGAGAUUCCAACUUGGAGGGGAAGGGGAAGUGGAAGUAGUCAAUUUGGGGGUGGCUCCUCUCAAGAGAACGGAUACAGCUUUGUGAACAACGACCCAUAUUCGAGAAAAUCAGCGGAAGGUGAAUCUCUGAAGUACCCACAGAAGUUUUCUUCAUCGUUCGGCGUGGAGAACGGCGUAGAAGAUCGAGAAGGAGACUACUACAUUGAUAACGAUAAUCCCGACAACCGCCCGAUAAGAAGGCGACGUCCUCCACGCCAAGAUAAACCCCCGCGCUUCCGGCGACUUCGCCAGGAAAGGGAGCCUGGGAGUCAAUGGAACAGCGACGAGUACGUCAACGGCGAAUUCGCCAACCCCUGGCCCGGUCGCUCCAAAGGUGGAGAGGACCACUGGCCUGGUCAGUAUUCCGGAAACAGGCAGCAAGAGUUCGGCCAUCAGGGCGAAGACUGGGAGACGGGAUCGGAAAACAGCGAUUUUAACGACUGGAGAGAAAAGCGUGGAGGUGCCCAGCACGGCGAUUCCGCCGUGGAUUUGGGUCAAGGCGAUCCCGGCUCUGAAAAGAGAGAGCUCUCCAAGAGAAGCUUCUCCAGCCAGCGCCCCCUGGUGGACCGGCAGAACCGCAAGAGCGACAUACCGGUUUUAGAAGGCAACAAAAUGAGCCGCUCCACGGACACGCCUUCCAGCGGCAGCUCGUCAAACCGAAACGACGGCUGGCAGAACGGGAUGUCGCCUAACUGCAGAAGGAGUCCAGAGGAUGCCGCUCCGGGUUUGAGUGCGGGCUCUGUGUACGUUGUGGAGCAGCCGGAGGAGAACCUGCCCACCAGCUGCUCUGAUUCUUCAGGGAAGAAGAUGGAGAAGGAGCUCAAACCCAGAGCCAUGAAGCCGGACAUGGCAGAGUCUCUGUCCCAGUACGAGCUGAACAGCUACCCCAUUGAAAGCGAUUCAGGAGCUUCCAUCCCAAGUCCUGAAGGGUUCCAGGAUGCUCUUUCCAAGAAACAAAGGCGUCCACAGGAGGAGGAGCGCAGGAGGAAGGAGCAGAGCGCAGCGGUGGCAGUAAAGAGCAGGUCGAUCCCGUCGAAGAUGCCUCCUCGUUUUGCUAAGAAGCAGGGCAGCCUGUCUAUGGAGCAGCCGGAGGAGCCGCUGUCAGCCAGCAACCUCGGCACUGAGAUCUGGGAGACCAACAGCUCCGCUCUCACAGUUCAGUCGUCUGGUGGAGACUCUUGGACAAAGCAAGUGUCCUACACUGGGAGUGAGCCAAAUUCAGAGGAUUCAGACGCCGGACCAGAGCAGAGCAAAGAGCACAAACCCGGUCCCAUCGGAAAUGAGCGUUCCCUGAAGAACCGGAAGGGUUCAGAGGGAGUGGAGCGUCUGGAGGGACCCAUCACCCCGGUGAACGGAGUGGACAUCCACGUGGACAACGUCAUCCCCGUUCCCCCCAUCGAGUUCGGGGUCAGCGCCAAGGACUCCGACUUCAGCCUUCCUCCCGGUUCUGCUCCGGUGGCUGUUUCCAACCCCGUCACCAAGCUGCAGGACGCUCUCGCCAGCAACGCGGGCCUUGCUCAGGGCAUUCCAAUGCUGCGCAGAGAUCACCUGCAGCCUGGCAUCAACCUCAACCCCAUAUCCUUCCCCUCCACCGACCUCACGCUCAAGAUGGAGUCUGCUCGUAAAGCCUGGGAGAACUCCCAGUCCCUCCCGGAGCAGGGCUCUCCGGGCGGGGCCGGUUCAUGCUCCCAGCCCCCCUGCAGCGUGGGCUCCUCCAGCGGGGUCAGCUACAGCUCCUUUGGGGGAGUCUCCAUGCCCCCCAUGCCCGUGGCCUCCGUCGCUCCUUCUGUCUCCAUGCAAGGUAAUCAUAUUACCCCGCUGUACCUCGACGGGCACGUUUUCCCAAGUCAGCCUCGUUUGGUGCCGCCAACGUUGACUCAGCAGCAAAGUUACCAGCAGGCUGCAGCAGCUCAGCAGAUUCCCAUCUCCCUGCACACAUCCUUGCAGGCCCAGGCUCAGCUCGGGCUUCGGGGAGGCCUGCCCGUCUCCCAGUCCCAGGAGAUGUUCAACUCCAUCCCCCCGUUCAGGUCCCAGGUGUACAUGCACCCUAACCUGUCCCAGCCCAGUCCGAUGGUGCUGUCGGGCGGAGCUCCUCUGAAGGGACCGUACUCCGCCUUCCCGGGGAUGCAGCCCUCAGAACUGGUGAAGUCCCAGUCCGGCUCCCACUACCAGCCAAUCAACGGCAGCCAGCAGCUGGUGUACGACGGCCCCAUGAACCAGGGGCCAGGCAUGGGCACCUCACAGCUCAUGGACUCCCAGCUCAUCCAGGUGACCAUGCCCCUGCCUGGUUCUCAGCUCCGUUACGGUUCAGCCCAGCAGCACCUGAUCCUGCCCCAGUCCAUCCAGCUCCAGCAGGGUCAGAACCUGUCGGUUAAUGCCCCGCGCCGCAUGAUGCCCCCCGGCUCCCAGCCGCCCGUCAUGCCCACCAGCAGGGAGCCGUCUCAGAUGGACAUGAAAGGCUUCCAGUUUUCUGACAAGGCCAACCACUCACCUGGAAUACCUGCUGGCUCCUACAGGCCUGGAUCUGCGAGCCCCAGUGGAAAGCCCUCUGGUCCUGGUGGUCCUCAGGCUGUCGGCCCCCUCGCUGGACAUUACGCCCAACAGGUGCCCCCUCCGCAGGGCAGCAUGGUGAUGCACAUCCGCCCCCCCACCACCGGCCCCUUCCCCACCCCCAUCCAGCGGCCUGUAAUGCAGGUAAACAAGGCCAUCAUCAUCCGCUCCCCCCCUUACCCCAACCCGGGCCGCGAGCCGCCCCACUCCACCCCCACUUCCAACCCCGAGACCGCACCCAAGGGGGCUGAGGAGGGCACGAAGACGAAGGUUCUCCGUGUGGGAGAUCUGACGGCUUCAUCAGCAGUGAUUUCCAACAAACUGCAGGAGCCGCUGAACCCGGGUCAGAUCAAACCCACCCGGACCGGAGCCAUCAAGCCUCAGUCCGUUAAAGUGGAGGAGAGCAAGGCUUAACGCUGUACCUCACGCCCUCAUGCCCCGCCCACUCCACCCUCCCGACUUUACGGACCUCCCCCUCCCUCCAUCACCCCGUUAUUUAGUUUAUUUGUUCCUUUUAUUUUAUUUUAUUUUUGCUCGUUUUUGGUUCCCCCUCCCCGUCAGCACUCAUCUCUCACUGCUGUCCAGAACAAACCGAAUAACCUGAACCACAGGAGCACCGAAACACACGGUUCAAAACGCAGCAUAUAGAGAUAUAUAUAAAUAUAUAUCUGUAUCUAUAUAUAAAUGUAUACUAUAUUAAAUCUAUACAUAGACACGAUAGCUUGGGACUCUUCUAAGCAGACUCUCUUCAGGAUCAUCUUUAUUUAUUAACAUUUAUUUUCCAUUUCAAGAGAAGAAUAAUGUUGAGAAAAAAAAAAAGCAAGUCUUGUGUUUUUAAAUGGUUCUCGAAGUUUGAAGAGAAAAUCUGACGCAUUUUUUCGGACUCAUCAUCAUCUUCAUCAUCUUCAUCACCACGAUCAUCAUCAUCAUAGUCAUCGUCAUCAUCAUCAUCCUCCCUCCCUCUCUUUUGUCCUUCAGCUUGCGCAUUGCCCCGCCCAUUGCCAAACUGUGUACCCGCCUGGUUGGACUGUAGUUUUGAUUGACAUGACUGAGAACCAAUGAACAUGUCGGAAGCUUAAACUGUAAAAGCCUCUUUAAAAAGAAAAAACAAAAAAAAAACUGCAGUGUGGCACCGUUUGUCAUUUUUACUGGGUACCAUGGAAUUUUUAACUCUUCUCUUUUUUUUUUUUUUUUUAAAUAAAUAUAUAAAUCAUAAUCCACGCCUAUUUGCUCUAUUAUUAAAGAGCGCCUUUUACUCAAUAAAACAAAAACUUCAAACCCCAA